CGCUCGGUGAAUGCCCCGUCUACCCAGCCAGUCCAAUGGCCCUGGACAAUGGCGCUGAAGAGAGAGCAGAGCGCAAUGAUCUACGCAUUGAAGGAGGCAGUCAAAUGGCCCACAGCCUUUGCGGUUUCCAAGGGGGCUUGCUUGAUUCCUUCCCUUUCGUUGCCUCGCCCACCUUCCUGCCUUGUGUUGUUGUCGUUUGACUCUCUGCGACAAACAUUCCUUCACGACCCCCUUUCCUCCCGUCCGUUUUCACCCUCUCUGCUCCAUCUCUGCUCCGAGAAGAGUCUGUCUUGCUAUCAGAAGCUUCCCACCUUGCGAACUGUUCCCGUCCUAACUCCCCAAAUCCUUUCCACAACUAUCAGACGUACAUCCAAAAUAGCAUUAUUUCCACUGUCCAGUGGCCAGCCUAAAGCAGGCGGCCAUUUCCUUCCGUGAACAGCGGAGGAGCUGGGCCAUCUGCAGCCGGAAGAACCUCCCUCUGUCUCUACCCUUCCCCGUAUCUUCAGAUUAUUCUCUAUCCUAAACUUUUGAUAACCGCUCUCUUGAAUCAUCCUUAGUUGGAAACCUCCAGAAUAUCCCUCUGGGUUGCUAAGUAUAGGUCGGAACGACUACGAACAAGGCGAGACUCCAUGUUGUCAGAGGAUCACGCAGCCUCGAAGCUAAGGAGCCAAGGCGCUUCGCCAUCAAACAAAGAUAGCGAGGCCGUUCCUGCGUUGACUAGGGCCAUUGAUUCUACUAAGAUGAUUCCCCAAACUCCCAAAUCCGCCCGGCCACCCACACAGCCUCCUAAGUCAAGCAGGGUUAAUCGACCGGGUGUCGGACGACAAACAGUAAGAGGCCAGAGAUAUGACAUCCCAACUCUACUUGAUAUUGGACUUCAAUUAGAAGCUGGAAAGUCCAUGCAAGGACCGAGUUCAGACUGUGCUGGAUUUCAUGAUGCUGCGGGAUCAAGGCCCAAUAAUGGCAUUGGAAGUCGUAUUCUAAGAGAAAGGUCCGUGAACCACCAGCGUCAGUCUUCUACCGUUUCUGUUACCACCGAUGAUGGUCACGAGUCUUUACGGCAUCCCCGUCGACAACCUGUCAAUGCGCCUCAGGGGACCCUUGCUCAGAGCCAUGCAGGUUUCGCACGGUUUCUCAAGGAGCAUUCUUCGCCUAAACAUCAUAGGGUCACGGCUGGUGGACGGAUCGUCCCAAUGACCUUGCAAGGCCCAGCACCAGAAUUCAAGUUGCCCGUGACCGCCGUUGAAGCGAAGACUGACGCCGUAAUCAAAGGGGUCCAGGCAGAAAGGCAAGGUUUGAGCGUUGAAACCAAACCCUGUGCCGGCAAUGUGAGGCAAGGGAAGGCACCGAGUGGAUCACAUAGCCGAGCAAUACCCAUCAAGGCACCACCAUCCAGCCACGAAGGAACACAUGCCGUCUCGAAUCUGAAGAUCACUACUGGAACCGAAGGGCAGACCGGUCUUCACAAGGCAUCAAUCACAAAUGUACCGAGAGUUUCAAAUCAAAAAACUAAUAUCCCAACUGCCAUCGGUGCCAGGCAGUCCGUGAAAUUAGGCCCAAUGUCGUUUGACGGAAUCUCAAUUUCCCAAGCGGUACCAACGAAUGUCGGUGAAAGCGACCAAUUCGAAAUGUUUUCACCGAACCCGCAACUAUAUGUCCCACAGCUUAUGGAGUUCCCAGAGAAUGUGCAGCAGCCGCUUCAACUUCCGUAUGUUCCCCAGGCUGGCAAUACGUUUGGAAUGUACCAGCUGGGUACCACUUUUCCCCUCAACCCAUCUCCACAGUUUAUGCCCGUGAAUGGUAGCAUUGCCUUUAAUCCUUAUAUUGGCCAUGGGACCAGUUCUGCUUUAAAUGGAGGGGAUCACGACACAGGAGCGAAAAGCCUUUUAGAGUCGGCUGUCCAAGAGCACGAUAACAUCGCUAACCAACUUUCAAAUUUGGAUAGGUAUAUGGCAUUGCACACCUGGGAUAUUGACUCUGCGACUAAGAAGCUGCUUGUAGAGCAGCGUGUCGAACUAGUCCGGAAAUUAGAUUCUGCAAGGGUACAUAAGGAGCACUUAGAGGGCCUUGUCCAGUCCUCAAAAUUCGAAACUCCAGGGACCAGUCAGGUUUCUGACCAUACCUACAUGAUUAACCCAGGCCAAGCCAUCCAGUUUCCUUUUUUAGGCGCAUAUGGAGCCUUUCAGCCAGCAAACAAUAAUUCCACUUUUUUUCAAGCGGGUUCACAUCUGCAGCUGGGAUUGAAUCCAGCAGGACUUACUCCAGCGUCAAAUUUCUUUUCCAACGAUGCCUUUGGUCCUGUUCUUCCUGGGCGGUCAAUGGCUGCAGCACCGUACGCUCAAUUUGACACUUUCAAUCCCCCCUCUCAGAAUUUCCAUCUUCCCGCAGACCUUAAUCGGACACCUGCCGCUCAGAACUGGGGCAUAAACCCUGACCUGGCCAUACAGAACUAUUUGAAUGCUCAAAAUGCAUAUUGCCGAACCAUAGGGGCGGAUAUGGGCAAAGCCAAAUUUGAGGGGAGACAGGCCGAUAAAAUGAGUGCGGUUCCUCCGUCCGAGCUUGAUUUACUUUAUCACAGAAUCGAAGAAGCAGCAAAACGCAAAGAACCUCUCGAGCCCUAUUUUGGGAAGCUUUCCCGACUUACAGCAGUAAUGAAUGCGAUGAGGGUUGAUUCUUCUGUUGGAGACUCGGUGCAGCUACAAGACGGUGCACCCUCUUCCAGCAAUGCCAGGGAGGACAGAGCACAGAGUUCUGCUUUGAUGACAGGAGCAAGGCUAGGGGUUCCUCUGUCAAAUGAGAACGCUCAUCAAGUCCCGGGAAUAGAGGACAGCUCAAGCUGCAACAAUAUAGGUGCCGCGAACGAGACUAGCCUCCAGAAAACGGUCGUUAAAGGGCAAUCUCAAAUGCAAAGCUUAAGCCUUUUAUCGAACCAAAAGCCAAAACGAUGCACUUGCGUAAAGAACCGAGAUAAGGUUGGCAACAGAAGCAGAAAUGCUAGAUCUGGAUUAUACUCUGAAUCUCAAUCAGCGACGCUUGCACCCCCUAACCUUUCAACGUCUUCGAAAGCUCCGGGACACAACCCUGGCGCUCGACGGGUUGGAUCAGGGGCCUCAUUUCAGGUUAGCUCAAUGGGUAUUUUACCGCCGUUCGAUGGAGCCGGCGACUCAGCGGGCCAGACGUCGAAGCCCACGACGGCUACAACGGAUGUAACACCCGAUGCUACUUUGAUUAAGGGCAAUGACCGCAUAGAUAUGGCAAAUGGAAGGAAGACGUCGUGGUUUCGGCGGCAGAUGCGCAAAGAUCCUAAUGCCAUGGAAGUGCGCGCUUUCUUCCAGAUGCUACGAGAGGAAGACAGAGCAGAAAUCAGGAAACAGGACCUUGACCACCCACCAUUCUGACAGACACAUGUUGCGACGGUCCCCACUUUGAAUCUACUUUAUAACAGGUUUAUGCUAUUCGUAUGGUUUGAGUGUGGUUUAUACUCUUUGUUGGAAUACAUUGGCCUAAGGGCCAGCCAGCCAGCCAGCAUUUUUCUCUAGAAGGGUAUGGUGAAUCGAUUAGCUUUGAUAUUGGAGGAAAUCACGAUGGAAAGUCACGAUAAUUGAAUUCAAGAAAGUGGGAAGAGCGGGCAGCGAAUUCGCUGGGAGGUUGGAGGUAAAGGGGAGGCAAUUAAGAGUCUUUUUAGAUCAAUAGCGGUACAGCAAUACAGGAAUAUUCCGUGAUUUCGUUAUGGAUCAUGUUGUCAGUACCGAUUAU